AUGUUAACACUACCGUUUGAUGAGUCUGUUGUAAUGCCAGAAUCCCAGAUGUGCAGAAAGUUUUCCAGAGAAAGUGAUGACCAAAAGCAAAUGAAGAACCCAGAAAGCUUUUCAAAGCAGAUCGUGCUCCGAGGAAAGAACAUUAAAAGAUCUCCUGGAGAAGACACGGAAAAAGAGGAGGAAGAGGAAGAGAGAGAAGAGGAGGAUGAGAAUGGCUUGCCUAGGCGAAGGGGCCUUCGGAAAAAAAAGACGAGCAAGAUAAGGAUGGAAAGGAUCAAAUUCAGGCGACAAGAAGCCAACGCGCGAGAGAGGAACCGGAUGCACGGCCUUAACGACGCCCUGGACAAUUUAAGGAAAGUGGUCCCUUGUUACUCUAAAACACAAAAACUGUCCAAAAUAGAAACUUUAAGACUAGCCAAGAACUACAUUUGGGCUCUUUCUGAAAUCCUGCGAAUUGGCAAGAGACCCGACCUGCUCACCUUCGUCCAAAACUUGUGCAAGGGUCUGUCCCAGCCAACUACAAACUUGGUGGCGGGAUGCCUGCAGCUGAAUGCCAGAAGUUUCCUGAUGGGCCAGGCGGGUGAAGGCGCCCAUCACACCCGCUCACCCUACUCCACCUUCUACCCCCCUUACCACAGUCCUGAGCUCGGCACCCCCCCGGGGCAUGGGACUCUCGACAACUCCAAGUCCAUGAAACCUUACAAUUACUGCAGCGCUUACGAGUCCUUCUAUGAAAGCACUUCCCCCGAGUGCACCAGCCCACAGUUUGAAGGUCCCUUAAGUCCUCCCCCAAUUAACUAUAAUGGGAUAUUUUCCCUGAAGCAAGAAGAAAGCUUGGACUAUGGCAAAAAUUACAAUUACGGCAUGCAUUACUGUGCAGUGCCACCCAGGGGUCCCCUUGGGCAGAGCUCGAUGUUCAGGUUGCCUACAGAGAGCCACUUCCCUUACGACUUACAUCUGCGCAGCCAGUCUCUCACCAUGCAAGAUGAAUUAAAUGCAGUUUUUCAUAAUUAA